ACACAGAUUUAUUGUUCCUGUCAUUUUGUAGAUUCAUACAAUAAAAUAUACGUAAUUUUACUGCGAUACUAGUAUCUAAACUACGUAAAGAUUAUGAACUACAUUCUUUCAGGACUAAUAAAUAAGAAUGUGACAAAGAUAUUAAAGCGCAAUAUCUAUACUCAACUUUCUCCUUUGAAGAAAAAUGUGCAAGUCAAAGAUCCAUUUUUUAUCGAACCAAUAGAAUACGAUAGUCUUACUCUCAGAAAACAUGAUAACCCGAGACGUCAGAUGCUGUACGAAUUUGGUAUAUAUGUCGCAACAUGUUUACCGAAAUAUGUGCAGAAAGUUCAAUUGCAGCACACAGAUGAACUAGAGAUCCUGGUGGCACCAGCUGGCAUGUACCAAGUCUUGAGCUUCCUAGCUCUGCAUCAACACGCGUGCUUCGGCCAAUGUUCUUCCGCUACUGCUAUAGAUGUACCGGGCAGGCAGUACAGGUUUGAAGUGGAAUACGAUCUUCUUAGCUUCAGGUAUUCGGAGCGAGUCAGAGUGAAAACUUACACAGAUGAACUGACACCUCUUAAGUCUGCGUACGGCAUUUGGAAGGCGUGCCAAUGGUACGAGAGAGAAAUAUAUGAUAUGUAUGGUGUAGUUUUCACUCAUCAUCCGGAUUUGAGACGGCUCCUCACUGACUAUGGGUUUACUGGCCAUCCUCUAAGAAAGGACUUUCCUUUGGUGGGAUACAUCGAAAUUCGGUAUGACGAUGAACUAAAGAAGAUUGUUUAUGAACCUGUAGAAUAUGCCCAAGAAGCACGAAAAUUCGAGUUGCAGACACCAUGGCAUUAUCUGAACAAGUUCCAUGAGGGAUACGAUCAAGAACCACCGCCUGCGAAAAAAUAAUGUCUAUUAGUUUAAAUUUUACAUUACGUCGAUAUAAUUCAUUGUUAAUUAAAUAUUAGUUUGUGACAAAAUAAACGAUUGCUUCAUUGA